CUUGUUAUUGCCUCCUUUAUAAUUAGAAAUUCCUUUUAGAUCUUAUAAGCGAACUAAAUGCGUACCCCACCACAACCUCUUCACCAAUGCUUUAUACCCCGCCAUAACGCAUGAUCAAACUCAUCAACUUAGCUAGGUACUUAAAUGUACAGACAUUUCCUCCGCAAGCAAAUCUCGGGAAUUCGUUUUGAGAUACUGAAAUAUUACGGAACCGCAUCUAAAAUACAUCGUCUUUAUUCACAAGCUUUCAAUUUUGAAAUACACGGUUCAGCCUCGCAUUCUUGCUCGCAAGAUUUGCGGCGCAGAAGUACAAAUAUGGCGGAUGUGAGCGCGACGGACAUGGCUGCUUUGGUGGAAGAUGUCGAUGGAGUGGAUUUGGUUAAGAAGGGUGGGAGAGGUGGAAAGGGAGGCAGAGGUGGGAAGGGUGGUGGUGGUGGACAGAAUAGAGAAGUGGUUAUUAGUAAGGCGCUUUCUAAGUUGUUGAGACAUGCGGCCGAGGAUGAGGGUUUGAAGUUGGAUGAAGAAGGUUACGCUAGAUUGGAUUUGGUGGUGAGUUCCUUCUUGCCUUGUGUUUCAUGGAAGGAUGGGGAACACGUGUGUGAGAGAGGAAGCAGUAUGGAACUGGAACUGAUGAGAAUCACGUGGCUAUUCUUAUACUCUUUUUUAUGGUCAUAAGAUGUUACAAGUAAGAAGUAUGAAACUGACAUAUAUCCUAGAUGCAAUGGCCUCGCCUCAAAUCUUUAAAACCCACAUUCGCCGAUAUCCGCACCGCCGUCCACGAUAAUGCCAAACAGCGAUUUUCUAUGAAGGCCAAUCCCGCACUUCCAACACCUCCUUCUCCAUCCUCGGAGAAUCCAUCGGAUUGGAUUAUUCGUGCUAAUCAAGGCCAUUCUAUUGCUAUUGAUUCAGCUGCCCUAUUGGUUCCUAUUACUAUCGAGGCGGGAAAUGUCCCGGAGACUUGUGUACAUGGUACUUAUUUUGCAUUUUACGAGGAAAUUGUAAAAAGUGGAGGAUUAAAGAAGAUGGGGAGGAAUCAUGUGCAUUUUGGAACAGGAGUACCGGAAGAAGGGGGGGUUAUAAGUGGGAUGAGGGGAGAUGCAGAGGUAUUGAUUUAUGUGGAUGUUAAAAAGUGUUUGGAAGAGGAACCGGAUGUGAAAUGGUGGAUUAGUGAUAACGGGGUUGUGUUGACUGAGGGGGAUGCGGAUGGAGUUGUAGGAACGAGGUUUUGGAAGAGGGUUGAGGGGAGGAAAGAGGGCGGUAUGCUUUGGGAGGAUGGAGUGAAGGUGAAGGAGUUGGAUGAAAGUUUAAGGAACAGAAAGGCGCCAAUGGGGAAGGGAGGAAGAGGUGGUGGGGGGAGAGGACGGGGAAGAGGUGGAAGAAGACGCGAGAGAGGAAGUGGAAGAGGCGGUGGAAGAGGUGGGAAAGAUAUGGGUGAAACUGCUGAUGCUAAUACUGAAGAAGCUAAACCUGUAGUGGAGACAUAGAGAUAUCGAAUUCUACAACCGGAACCAGUAAAUCCAAACCGAAUACUUACUAUUCAGCCU